AUGGGCGAUCCUAGGCCCUUUCACGACGAGGAGUAUGCCCGGUCUUGUUGGCGCCGCUCAACAGACUUUGUCGCAGCUUUCAGCUCCACGCGAAACACGGGCGAUUACACAACUAAACCAAGCGACACUGGAGACAUUGAUUCGCUGAUCCGAUCGUUGUCACGCCUUGUCGGAUACGAAGUGAACGGUGCCGAGGACAUGGAGCAUUUCCAUUUUGUACUGAAGUGUGUGAAGUACCCCUUUUGGCUGAAUAAUUUGACGCUCGGACAUAAAAGUGGCCAAGAGCGACAACUCGUCGCGAACUUUAGUUGGCUAGUUAUGCUGCUACGUUACGAGCGUGCUUGCGAUGUCAACACAUCGUCUCAGGGUGUUGGAGUCCCUGAACUGUACGGACAGUUAAAAACAAUAUACAAAGUAUUUCUAGAAGAUGGUCAGGCAGGAGGGAUAACGAAGCCCGAGCGUCCCCACGAGUCAAAUGAGCUACCAGAGCUUCUCGAUGAUAUAAUUGUUACAAACACCCGAUUACGAUCCGUCUCGAAUGAUAUGUUGAGUAAAAUUUUUCGAGCAAGGACCAGCGUGGCAGCCAAACGGAGGCUAAUCUCGAAGCUUGAGGACGCAAGACAAAGUUUUAUCUUAAUGUCAGAAAAUGUACGGGAGGCGAAGUCUACUAUUUUACAGUGGAAAAGUCGAAACGUCAGUCUUCAAGAUCAAUCUAACGGACCUAGCAAAGAGGUACUCACUCCGAUGAAACAUGUGCACCAGAAUUCCAAAGUGAUGAGACACUCAGAGGAACUUAGCAAUUUUCGUUCAGUUGUUUUUACUCACAAUUCAGCCAUGACUGAGCUAUCUAAUUCCGUCAAGCUCAUGUUAAACCAAUUUACUACCUUGGCAGCUUCAACAAGACUAUCACAGGCGUAUGCACAAGUUUUCCAUUCAAGACUCAGCCUUGAGCCACAUGUGCUCGUUGACGGCGAGCUGACGAGACUAAUGCAUGAACUUAAAAUGUCAAUGAACGACGAAAUUUCACGCACUUCUUUCGAACAUGGUUGCGAAGUUAAGAAGGUGAUUUCUGCAGAAAAUGUGCUGCAUCAGACCAUCUGCGACGGGGAGAAUCGAAGCAGAAGACUUACUACGCUCGAGCAGCUUGUGAGAAAAUUAGAGGUUCAGUAUCAAAAUGAGCGCCAAAGUCAAGACAAUGCAGUAAUGGUCGCGACUCAAAAUCUUCGAAAAACCGAACAACUGUGUAAGGCAUUCAGGCAAACUUCAAUACUCACAGAUUCACUCUAUUUGGAGCGACUGCGUAAUAGCAACGCCGAGAAGGCUAGAACUUUACUGCACGACAAAUCAACAAUACAGGGGCACCUUUGGCUCGCGCUAGACCGACUCAUGCUACACAAACAAAAAAAUCAUGAAGUUUUUGAUAAUUGGAAUACAGAUGUACAGUCAUCGUGUUGA